UAGUAGAUCCGUGACCAGGGCAAUACGGGUAAAAGCUUUUGUACCUUUAUCUUGCGGAAUACAACCAUGACGAUAUGCCUCCAAUACAUAGCAUUGUUUUAUUCGACCGAUUUAUUCUCUUUCUAACUCAUCUCCUCGACGCUCAGCCAUUCUCACCACAUCAGUUUUGCUCCAGAAUCCACUUCAUUCUAAUAAAGACUCGAAUUCUAGCUGUAUGAUUAGCUCCAGCUCAACACCCCUUGAUGCUUCAAAAGCUGAUCGAGCUCCUCUCUUAUUGAUAUCGACUUGGGUUUGGACGGCAUUUGCCAUUGUUUUUGUCGCUCUCCGGUUUUUUUGUCGUAUGAGACUGAUUCGAAGCACUUGGUGGGAUGACUGGCUCAUUUUGGCUGCUGUAGCAUCCACGACAGCAAUGAGUAUUGUCUGGACAAUUUAUGCCAAAAAUAGUGGCUGUCGACAUGCAUCUACUUUGGCCAUGGAACAACUCAUCACUACAACAAGAUUGAACUGGAUUUCGCAGCCACUUUGCAUCUCCGGUCUUACUACUUGCAAGAUAUCGGUUGCUUGUCUGAUUUUGCGGCUUCAAUACCCAACACCAUGGAGAACGAAGCUUCUCGUCAGUCUCCUGUCUGUUAUGGUUACCAUGAACAGCAUAGCUGUGAUUCUCAUGUUUACGCAAUGCACGCCCGUCAGAAUGCUUUGGAACCCAGCGUCAGAGCCUAAUGGUCAUUGCAUCAAAUCUAAUGUUGUAUCGAUUAUGUCUCAAUCAGCUUCGAGUUGCAUGGCGUUCAUUGAUUUAGUUCUAGCGGUUGUACCAGUGCAUAUGAUAUGGAAGUUGCAGAUGAAUAAGAGGAAGAAGGUUGCCAUUUGUGUUUUACUUAGCACUGGUGUUUCUGCCUUUGGAUUCGCCGUUAUCAAGAUUGUUGAACUCAAAAAUGAUGCCAAUCAUUCUGACAUUACAUGCAAGUAA